ACACGAGAGUGUCAUUUACGAUAAUGUGAGAGUGUUGGUACUCGACGGUUGAUAAAAGAUAGCGGUGGCUAAACAGAAGUCAGUACUCACCCGCUAUCCGACCUGUCGAUCGGUCGAUCGUCAUCAUAAUCUUUGGUGCUACCAUAAUUUCUCUUGUACACUUAAGUACUCGGCUUCGAAGUUGGUUUAUUUGGAAACGUUCGUAAAAUUUUCUUUUUUUCCUCUUUCUCUAUCUCUCUCUCUCUCUUUAUCUCUACCUCACUCCUCCUCCCUCCCCCUUUGCUCACUCACCAUCACCCACCCAACUUCUAAAGACGACGAUUCAAAUCUAAUAAUUCGCAAAUUCCCUUUUAAGAUUUUCUACAAAUUCUCGUAGGAUUUGUAGAAGAAAAGGGUUAUAAAGAGGUUAUAAGGGAUGCAAGAGAAAAAUUAGAUGUGUCAGAGGUAUUGAAGAAAGUGAUCUUUAUUAGACGGUGAUAUAGAGUGAAAAUGUUUAGAGGACACGACACAAGAAACGUUUAUAUUAUUAUCGAUGAGAAUCGCGUGAUACAUUGGCGUACAAUCACGGCAAGAUCUAUUCGGAAAAACGAUUGAAAUGAUUUUCUUAUCGUCGAUUGUAUAGAGGAAAAGGAAAACGGUGGAAGAAAAAGGAAAUAAAGGAAAAAGAGGAGACACAGAUAAACUUGAUAAUCUCAAAUGGACAAUUUUAACGAAUGAUUGGUUUAAUAAAGAAGAAUUGAUCAUUUCGACGAAUAAUGAGCUAUCGUCGAUUGGAUGUAAUCACGAGAAAGAGGAUUCUCCUCGUUGUUUAGCGACAGAUCGAGAGAGUAAAAGAACAAAUCAUGCACGAUGACAAACAGCGCGACUAGACUCGAUCAAGAUUGGAUGAGGAUGGUCGAAUUACGUACUGGUGUUGGUAUGACGGGAGGAUUGGACAGUCAAUCAUCGAAUCGGCUUCAUUAUAUGAUCCUAACGAUCUUGGAUACAAUAUUUUCGGCGAUAGUAGCUGCACCAGCUGUGGUUGGUUAUUGGAGAGGUACAUGGGGUCUAAGCGACGCUUAUCUCUACAAAGACGAUCCAGUAUUCAGUAGUUUUGUCUCGGUAACAAUAGGAUUUACCGGACUUUUCGUCUUUAGCAUUACUCAACAUCGUCUAAAUGAUCUUUUACAUCCGGACAAGCAUAGAUUGUCCUAUUACGCGGGAUCAAGAUUUUACACAGCUGUUUUUGGCUUUUGUUGUGUGAAUGCAUGGCGUGGCGCUUGGGAAGCCCUUGAUUUUUAUACCGAACUGAUACCUAGCACCGUCUUCGCAACCACUGCGGUCAGUCUUCUAGCCCUAGCGAUUAUGCGUGCUAUCAGAAACGUUUCCGCGCCGCCCUUCUCCCUUAGCCUCGAUUCCUGUCCCGGAUACUUCGAAGUGCAGACUAUGUUUCGCGUAAACAAUACGAGGGGCUGGUCGUUGUACUUACUUGAUUGUGCGUUUAGUGUUGGUGUCGUCGGUACACUGGUUGUAUUUGUCUGGAGAGGAGUCUGGAUCCUCUUUGAUCUCUAUCUUCUUCCAGAAAAUCGGGAACAUUCUGCUUUAGGUUCUCUCGCAAUCGGCUACAUAAUAGUGGUCGUAACGUUUAGCUUACAACCCUUGAUGCGCUACGUCUGCGCUCGUUUGGAAGGUCUCCCUCGUCUGAUAGCGGCCGACGCCUUCCUCCUUCUUAGUUUCCUAGGAACCGUCAAUGUUUGGCGCGGUAUUUGGAACUUAUUAGAUCUAUGGCUUCUGCCGAAUAAUUUAGUACUCUCCUGCUGGAUAACAUCCGUAGGUUGCUUCGUCUUUCUCCUAUUACUCAAUUGCAGUAAUUCUAUUCUCGUUCGUGGUGUUUACAUUGACGCCGAGGAGGAAGAGGGCAAAUGCGUUAUCUUUCCGUGCCAUUAUCUUCGACUCUUUUUCAAGAUCGAACGUGAGAAAAAGGAAGCCAGAAGACGAAAUCUUUUGAGCGCGUCCAAGGACUUCGCCUCUUGUACCGAUGGAACCGGCAAGGAUGCUGAGAACGGAGCCCUACUUCAGAAUAGUACAUCGACUACGAUCAUUCCAGGAAAUCCCGAAUCUCUCGUAUAAGAUUACUGCCAAUCCAUUGAAUACGUUCGUAGGGAAGAAGGUACAUAUUCACUCGUGAAAGCCGCAAUACCGUGAUCUUCUUUUAAAUCUCUCCUACCCUUAAAAUAUCGUCUUUGCCAACAUUGACUUUUACGUAGACGACGUGGUCAGAAUCAAAAGGAUCGAUAAUAUGAAUCAAAUUGGAAUUAAUGUUCUAUCGGAUUUACGCUUAAUAGAAAUGUACAAGCCUAAGAAAAAAAUACUUUCAGUGCUUUCUUUUAUAUAACGUCUACGUAAUAUCUAUCCAACUGGCCAAUUGAAGAAAAUUGAAAUGA